CCAAACACAACCGAAAAAAUACAUCCCCUUUAUCUACCCAAAACCCUAGUCAAUUUUCUUCUUCAUUUCAGCUUCAGCGCCGGCGCCUUCCAAUACCCCCCCCCAAGCGGAGCGGCGCUCAAAGAGUAUCAGCAGCUUCAAAGAAACCACAACUAAAAGCAAUGGCGGACAAGGCUGUUACCAUAAGAACUCGGAAGUUCAUGACCAACAGGCUCCUUUCAAGGAAACAAUUCAUCAUAGAUGUUCUUCAUCCUGGAAGACCAAAUGUUUCAAAGGCUGAGUUGAAGGAGAAAUUGGCUAGGAUGUAUGAAGUAAAAGACCCAAAUUCCAUUUUUGUAUUCAAGUUCCGUACUCACUUUGGAGGAGGGAACUCAACUGGUUUUGGGCUUAUUUAUGACUCAGUUGAGAAUGCAAAGAAGUAUGAGCCUAAGUAUCGCUUGAUCAGGAACGGACUUGAUACCAAGGUUGAAAAGUCUAGAAAGCAGAUGAAGGAAAGGAAAAACAGGGCUAAGAAAGUCAGAGGUGUUAAGAAGACCAAGGCUGGAGAGGCUGCCAAGAAGAAGUGAGAUCCCCAUAGAUAUGAACUAAGUUUCAUGCAGCAAUACAAUCAAGCCCCUACUUAUUUACCUCCAUUUAUAUUGUUUGCCAUUGAACUUCAAAUGUGUAAUGCUGAGUUCAUUCUUCUUUUGAAUAUCCAUUUGGAUUUUUGUAUUAUGGACCUACUUUACCUGUUCCUAUGGAGAUUUUAACUUGAAAUGAAUUUUUGGGGUUGGAAAUUGAAA